AUGUUCCCCGUUGUACAACUUAUUAAUUUGUGUUACCUUUCCCAGUUGGAUGUUGAGUCAUGCAAUCUGCAAUGUAGGAAGUUGUCCUACGAUUGUUCAGCUUUGAUAGACACCGUUAUCUGCAUGUGUGGUGAUAUUCCAACGGAUAUGGUAGGAAACUCAUACACUUGUCCCAUAUCCCCGAUUGAAAUUCGGUGUAGACCUGGAAAGGGAGUCACUGCUGAGAUUGACGUAAGUCAUUGA